AAAGGGGUUGGACAUUGGAACCGUUGGUUCAUCUUCUUCAUCUUCUUCACAGUUUCUCUCUGUUUUAGAAAAUUUUGUUUAACAAAGCCCUAAUUUCUCUCCCAUUUUUUCUCAGCAACCAAUCGAACCUCCACCACAUACAAAUUUCCCCAUUGCCAGCCAUUUUCCUUCAGGAAUUUCCCCCUUUUUCAAUCUCCAUUUCCACAUUAAUUCCCCUCCUUCUCCUCUCUCUCUCUUUCCAUUAAACCCUUAAAUCACAUUCCUCCCAUCCUCAUCGCUUUUUAAUUUCCUUCUCUUCUCUUCUCUUCUCUUCUCUUCUCUUCUCCUCUCUCUCUCUUUCACCUACUCCAAAUCUCCUCCUGCCCUUCGCCGGCCGGCUGAGAUUUAUCUCUCAUCCAAUCCACAAACACAGUAUAUAAUAUAAUCAUUUUACAAAUGGAUCCAACGGAACUACGAAGAGUAUUCCAAAUGUUCGAUCGCAACGGCGACGGCAGAAUCACCAAGAAGGAACUAAGCGACUCCUUGGAGAAUUUGGGAAUUUUCAUUCCUGAUAAAGAUCUGACUCAAAUGAUUGAGAAAAUCGACGUCAAUGGCGAUGGAUGUGUCGACAUUGAUGAGUUCGGUGAGCUGUAUCAGUCGAUUAUGGACGAGCGAGACGAGGAAGAGGAUAUGAGAGAAGCUUUCAAUGUCUUCGAUCAAAAUGGCGAUGGAUUCAUCACCGUCGACGAAUUGAGGUCAGUUCUAGCUUCCUUGGGGCUUAAACAAGGGAGAACUGUAGAGGAUUGCAAGAAAAUGAUAAUGAAAGUGGAUGUGGAUGGAGAUGGAAUGGUGAAUUAUAAGGAGUUUAAACAAAUGAUGAAGGGAGGCGGAUUUAGUGCAUUAGGUUGAUGAUAGAUAUAUAUAUACACACAUAUAUAUAUCUUUCUCACUUAAUCACAAACCUUCAAUUUCCCAAAUUAAAAAAAAAAAAAAAACAGAGGAUGAGAGAGAGAGAAACAGAGAGGAUGUUUUUCCAUUAGAGUUCUGUAUAUAAAACCUUGAAGAAGAAGAUGAAGAAGAAGAUGAAGGCAGAAGAGGAAGGAUUCGAUAAUUACACACGAAGUUGCAUGGAUUAUUUGUGCAAUCUGUCCACGUGUUUGUAUUGUGGAUCGACACGUGUUGAGAAUAUAUACAUAUUAUUUAAAAAUGUUUAAAAUUUUUAUUAUUUAUUUUUUUCGAAUAUUCCAUGUAAUUUUGAAUUUUUUUAUUGUUGGGGGAAAGGGAAGGGACGGAAGGAGGAAGAAAGGGGAUAGUGAUUACUUUGUUGAUUGUUCGGUUCGGGUCGGGUCGGGCCACCAACAGAAUAUUAUUAUGUUUUUUUUCUUUUUUCUUUUUUCUUUUUUCUUUUUUAAUUAAUUUGUUUUUCAACUCAGUAAGAUUUGCAUGUUUUCUCUUUCAAAGGAUGUUUUUUUGUUCAUUUUUUCCCUUCCAUUUAUUCAUUUAUUUUCUAAUAUAUAAAUCAUGUGUUCAUCUUGGCUAGUA